AUGGACAAACCAUUAAACAAAUACGACGGUAUGAAUGCCUUUACUAGGUUGAGCUACAACGCUGUUACCAAGGCGCUUGAUAUAAGAACCAUGCCUACGCGAACCUACGACUGUCAUCAGGCAUGGCUUUACAAGGAGAUUGACAAUAUGAAAGCAACGCAGUUCAUAACAGCUGCAGGAUUCGGCAAGCUGGAUUUGAUGCUUGGAACUACCAUUCAAAGGUCCCAAGGCCGAUAUGCAGGCUCAGUAAAAGAGCCAGACAUGGGCAUUGUUCCCGAAGGCAAAUAUUUUCCGACUGUGGCUAUCAAGUCAGCAUGGUCUCAGCGUCUCACUCGGUUGAACCAUGACAUUGUGGUUGCCCACUACGCUGUGGCUGGCGGUCGCAUGGCCAUGGUGCUAUCUUACCACAACAUGCGGCUCUGGUUAGUCGGGUCUGCUGGAAAAGUUGAAUUGGUGAUUUUGUUAAAAUGGACCAAAGCGGAAGGGAAUUUCGUCAAGGGAAAAAUUGAGACUUGGGGCAUGGAUUCUGAAGGCAGCGAAGUCUUGUUGCAGCGCGAGGAAAUUUUCCCGGAACCCCAGACUGGAAGUUCGGACCAGGUUAUCCGAGUUACUAGGAAACAGCUCUUCGGCAGCACGCUCCCAGCAGGACGCAAUCCCGAUUAUGUUUUCGGGCUUUCCGUAUCCAAUCUCCGCUCCAAAGUUGCCAUCGCAACGCAGCAUGAUGGUUACAGACCAGCGUCAAGCACGAGCACUACAAACGGCAUUGAAGGAUGA